AUGAGAUAUAGACCUAUACUUCAUUCCUUAAUGGUUGGUACAAGUACUUGUACAACUGUUUUCUUUACAGCAGCCGUGAUUCAUGAGAGAGGAGAGAAACGAACGCCAUGGUGGCAAAACCCAGUCUAUAGAGAUACACCACUCGGUUAUCUUCAAUCCUUUUAUACCAAGAAACACAAGUGGUAUCAAGACUGGAAAGCUUAUUAUACACAACAACUUCCUUGGCCCCUAACGCCAUGUACUGAAGCAAAAAAGACAGUGGCAACUAUCAUGGUUUUGUAUACAACAGCGUGUCUUGUCAGAGCCACUUUGAUUCGACCUAAGCGUAUUAUGCUAACACAGUGGUCAGUUUCCAUGCUUGGCUUAGGACUAUGUGGGUCCUCUGUGCAUGAUCGUCUGGGCAGAGAGCAGUUUGUUGCUUUUUGGGUGUCUUUAUGCUUAGGUGCUCAUACAACAAGUCAAAUAACACGUCAUUUCUAUCCAAGGCCACUUUCACCCACUCUAUUUUCUAUGGGCACAAGUGCUACUUAUGGAUUAUUUGCUGCUGAUAUGGUGUAUCAAGAUCAUUCAUUUGCAAGAUAUACUCUUCCUGCAGUCAUGAGUGUAGAUAUCACUGGUAUUUUGUUACGUUGGCAUUGGGUGGAUCAUUUUGAGGAGCAGGAUUAG